AUGACAUCCCUGGAGGCUGCCCGUGCCGACUUUUCUAGCCUAUGCGUGGGGAGAAGUGACGGUUCUACGCCCGAGACGAGAGUAUCCAGCGCCAGCUUCCAGCCCGUCACCGCCUGCGCAAACGAAGACAACAUGACAUUCCAGACUUGGGAGAUCGCAGGCCAGAAGUGGAUCCUGAUGGUGGUUUGUGACGGUCACUCUGGAUCAUACAUCACGGCGGAUUAUACAACCGCUUCUCUUCCCCCGCGCCUCCAUGUGUCCUUACAGGAUGCCUUGGUUAAUCAACUUCACGGGCAGAUAGAGCCUGAGCGUGAAACUCUGCUUGAAAACGCGGGCCUCAUCUCAUCGGCUCUCAGUCGUGAAGUCGAGCGGUUCGACGACGAGCUCGGCAACGCACUCAAAGAGAUAUUCCCUCAUCCGGAAAAGUUGACGAAGGCUCAAUGCUACGAAUUGCUGAAAGCUCAUUAUGACGUCGUACAACGGGCCUAUCGAGGAUGCACGCUCGGGGCUGCACUUAUCAACGUUACCGCCCGUUGCAUGUGGACGCUGAAUGUGGGGGACACCACAGCUGGGCUCUCCUCGGAGGCGGCGAACGGUAGGCGCAACUGGGUCAAGCUCUCUGACGACCAUAAACUCUACAAACCUCAGGAAUAUUUCCGAGUCAUGAUGUCACACCCUCACGAGGAAGUGAAGAACAUAACGGAGGGAAAUUGCAUGCUCGGGUGGCUCGACAUGACUAGAUCUAUUGGGGACUACGCCAUGAAGCUCCCCCGCUCGUACAUCGAUCGUGUCUUCAACUUGCUUCCCGAAAAACGAACGCACGUCAACCCCGACCGCGUUCGUACCCCUCCGUACCUUGUUGCGACGCCCUCCGUCAACUUCACCGACCUCGACUCUAUAUGGGACGCCAAGCCAAUCAUUCUAGUAUUCUCCGACGGCGUAGACAACAUCGUGGACUGGUACGCCUCAUACGUCCCCGGCUUACCCAUACUGCCCGAGAAUCCCGGUCGUGUCACUUCCCAGAUUCUGGGAAACAAUCUCGACCGUGCCGACGCCGCCCAGACCCUUGGACACCCCGUCGACCCCUCCGAGUGGACAGAUGAUGGAAACAAAGCCGUGGAGGUAUUGGCAAAUCUGUUCGGUGGCACCGACGUGGAGCGCCUCUUGGAGGCCAAUAAUCGGGACCGAGCUAUGAUUACCUCCCCAGAUGAUGUGUCUACCUUCUACGUCGACGACACCACUUUGAUCGUGUGCACGCUUUUCUAG